UAUCUGUGGCAAACUUGUUGUGAGUCAAGCGGUCGACGAUCGGUGAAUUUUAUUGAAAUUUAUUCAUUUAUUUCGUUAUUUUAUUGCUAAAUUCAGUUAAUAAAGAAUGUAAAAUGGCCAUAAACUUAGAUAAACACAGGGAUGCGUUGAUCGCCGCGUGGAAAGACGUAUUAGAUGAGAAAACCGAUACGGAUUGGGCUCUAUUCGGCUAUGAUGGGAUGUCAAACGACUUGAAAUUCGUGAGCAAAGGGGAUGGAGGUCUCACAGAACUGAUAGAUGACUUCAACAGCGGCAAGAUACAGUAUGCGUUCCUCAAAGUUGACGUGCCCAACGGAAGCAUAUCGAAAUAUGUGCUUAUCAACUGGCAGGGUGAAGGAGCCCCUACAGUCCGGAAAGGCACCUGCGCUAACCACAUCAAGCAUGUGGCUCAGUUUUUCACCGGCUUCCACCUCACGAUGCAUGCGAGAACAGAGGAUGACCUUGACGAGAAGGUUAUCCUGGACAAGCUCUCCAAGGCUGGGUCGGCUUUCAACUUCAAGUCGAGUAGACCAGAAGAGCUGCCUCCUAGUGGGCCUGUAGGGACUGCGUAUCAGAAAGUGAAUCCAGUUCAAGAAAUAAAUUCUAAAGAAAGAGAUCAGUUUUGGAUGAAAGAAGAACAAGAAGAGAAGAAACGAGUUGAAGCCGAAAGGAAAAGGAGAGAAGAGGAGAAGAGGAAAGCAGAAGAGGAAGUCAGAAGACGAGAUGAGCUGGAAGCCGCGAGGAGAGCUAAAGCAGAACAAGAAAAGAUAUCCCGGGCGGAGUCAGGACAAGCAGGCGCAGACGCAGAGGCAUUACGUCGCGCGCGCGCGUCCGAAGCGCGUCAGUUGUGCGCCGCCACGGCCGCUGCGCGCGCGCACUUUACGCAGAACUUGGCUCAAGGACAGCGAUCUACACCCAAAUCCCCAUCGAGCGUCCCCGAGAAACCAAUCCGAAGUUCAGUGAUCGCGCAACGCAUCAACACGUUCUCCCAACAACACAACCCCUCCCCCCAACCCCCUUCACCCGCCAAACCCCCCCUAAAACUAGAACCGAAACCCCCCCAAGAAGAACCUCAAGAACAACCAAAGACAAGCCCCAUGAAGAACAUAGACAAAAUCAAGCUGAGCCUUGAAAGCCCCUCUCAGAUACAAUACGAGCCUAUAAUAGACCCUUCAGUCGACUUAAGUCCGAGUACCGAGACCGAACCGAGUUCGUUCAGUGCCAUCAACUACGCGGAGUGUAAAGACAACUCGUACAGAGACAUCGAGCCGGAUUUGAAGCAAAGCGAGCCAAUGAUCAAGCAGAAUAUUCUCGAGAAUGAUAUGUUCGACGCGUCGUAUUCCAGUUCGAACGAGAACGAUGACGAUGAUAGCGACAAUAAGUUCAGUACGAUUAAACGGUCGCCGUACAGUAAGAAUAAUAUCGCUGGGGAGAAUGAAAGAGAAUUGAGUAGGCAGAAUACGGUUAUAGAGAAUGUGAAUUAUAAAAAGGAGAAUGGGACGACGACGCUUGAUGACGUGUCGCCUGAGGGAUUGGAGGAGGAGGGCACGAUAUAUGAGGACUUGGAUGAUGAUCCAGGUUUGACCGCGAGGGCGCUGUAUGACUAUCAAGCUGCGGACGAAUCCGAGAUCACCUUCGAUCCUGGUGACAUAAUCACGCACAUUGAACAAAUCGACGCUGGCUGGUGGCAAGGCCUCGGCCCUCAAGGCUUAUUCGGCCUCUUUCCAGCCAACUACGUCGAGUUACUACCUCACCCCCGCUAGCCGAUUUCCGCGGCAAUGCACAGCAAUAGUCGGCAACCGUAGCCGAUACGGUACUUACAAGAUAUACGCCAAUGUCUGACAUUUCAACCGACAAUAAUCGGUAAUUGUACCCGAAAAUGCAUGGCGAUUAUAGCUGGCUGUGCAUGGCAUUUGUACCCGGUAAGGUUUGGUAAAUAAUUAUGGCAAUUUUGACAAUUAUUUUCGUGCAAUGUUGGUUGGUAAGUGAUUGUAGAUGUAGUUCGGCUCAAGCAAACUGGCGCAUUUUGAACCAAACUCUCAAAACAUGAAACUGUCUCUUAGAACUCUUUUUCUUUACUUUUUAUUUUUUUUUGCGCCAGUUUGACACAAAUAUGGCGGCACUACACGUGUAUUGUCUACAUACGUAAUAGGUAACAUUCCAAGCGGGCUAUUGCCAGUGUAACUUGAGCCUAACGAUUGACUGCGAUAGUGUAUUAAGUAGUGCGAUUGUUUUCCAAUGUCACAUCAGUGAAUGUUACAGUCUUGCAUCGAUACGCUUUAAUUUUCGUGUUACACUGUUAUUAUCAACAAUAUUUUUACUUUUUUGUUGUCACAAAAAAAACUUGUCACACUAAAUAAUCACCAUCUAGAUAAUUUUCUGUAUCAUUGUUGUGAUUGUGACAUUGGGAAACACCCUAUAAUAUACGACAUAGCGAAAGAAUAAUGUGUAAGUUAAACUUAGUAGUCGAUCAGACCCGACGUGAUUUUGGUCUAAUUCGCACUAAUUUGGAAACUGAAAGCCUUUGGAUCCAGGCUAAAUUAGAUUUUAGCCAAAGAUUUGUUAUAACCACGAUAUUUGAACAAUAAAAUCGAAUUAUUGGUAUUUAAACAUUACGAUAAAAUUGUAACCACUGAACGUAUGAAAUCGCGAGUUGUCUUUGUUUUGCCUGUGAGACUCGUUCUAAUAAUACGAAAUUAUCAAAACAGUUGAAGCUAGUCGCUACGAAAAGAAGUAUACUAUGGCUCUUAAAAUCUUGGUAUACAAUAUAAUCGAUGUAUUUAUAAACUGACAAGUAAUGGAAUAUUUUACGCGAUAUACUCGAGCUUUAUUCAAAUGAAAGUCAUAAGAAUAGACUCAAUUGCUAUGAUGAAAUGAGUUUGGGCGAAAACAAUAACGUUAUUGUUUGCUAGUAUAAUUAUUUAAUGUCAAUUCUAUUAGCUUUUUGGUUAUAGGAAUGUAGGUUUGACGAAGGCUAAGUCGAGGCCUAAACAAAACCAUUUGGUGUAAAAAAUCCAUGAUGAAUUUAAAUAAAACCGUGCCAAAAUAAUAAAUUAAUCUUUUCUGAAGGCGCACAACACUCAUAAAUUAUAUCUUCCAAAGUAAUUGAAGUUUUGUGACUUAUAGAAUGCGUUUUGUGACUAUUACAUGUAACAUAACAUUUAGCUUUUUAUGUUAUGUUUGAUGAGUGUGAUAAGAAAUUAGUGUUGUGGACAAUUGGUUUUUAGUCAAGGGGAGUUAAGGCUCAAUUUACACGUAUUAAGUAACUAAAUUGUAACUUAAUUUUAAAUGAUUAAAUUGCAUGUAAACAUAUACUAAAUUCUUUUUACUAUGUAAUUAAUCACUGAAAAUUAAGUAAAAUUUUAGUUACCUACUAACAAGUUAAUAUGUGUAAAUUAUCCUUUGGUUAUGUGACGUGUAAUUGAAGUAACGCAAUAGCUACAUAAUAUGUUAAUGCCAACUGAAUUAUAAUAAAUUGGUGCAAGUUUCAUAAUUUAUUUUCACAAAAUAAAUGAUUAUGAGCACUGCAUGCACUAUUUCACUUUUAAACUUGACAUGAUACCAUUGUUUCAUGAAAUAUUUUUCUUUUGUUAAUAAUUAACAAUGUAUUUUAAAAUUUUAAUAACUGAUUAUUAUACUGAUUUAGGUUUUGCGUUGACUUCAUUACACGUUGUAUUAUUAUGUUUUAUACUGCUCGACAGUGACAUAUUAAUUUUAAGGUAUGUUAAUGAUGUGUACUUUCUUUUAUAUAAUUUUAUUUAUUAAGUACCUAAUGUUUUGUAAUUUAUAUUUAAUUUCAGUGUUGUGAAUUAUGAAAUUUGAGAGAUUAAAAUUAAUUAAUCAUUAACUAUGCGAUGCAUAUCGUUAAUUUUAAAUUAUAUUUGAUUUUAGAUAAUUUACGUUCGCGGUACGCUCCACAUUUUUAGUCAAUUUGUACAACUAUUAACUGCUAAUUGCUACAGUAAUUCAAGAAUAACAAUUACUUUCCAACUGUAUAUUGCAAGUUUUCGCGACAAAAAAAAUAGACAAAGAAGAACCUGUACCUGGUAUCCUGUAUCUUACUAACUUAUAAACCAUUAUAAUUCUUAUUCGCAUACACAAGGUGUGCUCAUCGUAUACGAAUUCCUGUAUAUUUUUGACAAAUUCGUAUGCCAAUUUGAAUUCUAAUGCUUUAAAAAUACCUUUUGAAGAGAGUGGAGUGUACCGAGCGUUUGCUCACUUGUUUAUCUUGAGAGGUCUAUUGUUUGUAAUAUUGACUUCCGUCUCUGUCACUCAUACUGUCACCCGUGCGCGCGUGAGUGAGACAGUGGUAAUUUAAAUUCUCCUAUGUAGGGCUUUAGGGUUAAUUUCCUCCAGACUGCUUUAAUUUUAGACUUGUACUGCCUUUGCUUUUAGUAGAUUAUAGACUUCGAUUUAUUUAUACAAGUCCUCUUGAAAUGAAAAGAUAUUGCACGUUGAACAAGUGUUUACCAUUGAGAUUCAAUUUCAAAGAAAUAUAAAGAUCACUUGCUCUAGGGUAGGCCAAAUCCUAGAUUAUAAUAAAGACAAAAUGAUGUACUGACAUACAUUUAAGCUAAUCCUUAAUUUCCAUAUAAGAGCACAACAAAAUAUUUUGAUUCUCAAAUUGUAAUGCAUUUUUAUGUACUUCUAAACUAGUCUUGAAUUCAUUAUUUAUUAAAUUACUUAUUUAGAAUAUUCAGUAUUAGUAUCAUGGUCACAAAAUUUUCUAGCAUUUGUAUACUAACCAAUACAAACUUUAUGUAUACCUACAGGUGAGCUUUUUCAAGUGUAUGCGAAACUAUAAUAAAUAGCAAAAAAUACUUGUAGGACAGUUUAUUUUGAUAAAAUCUACAGCUUCAUCAUACGAUUUUUGCUAUUUGAAACACUUGAAAAUUCUGCCUGUAUACUUCUGACAAUAUUUUACUACCCUAUAUUAUUGUAAUAUAUAGAGUUCAUACUUUGUAUUCCCGUAUACUAUUAUUAACCGAGAUGUAUAUCCAAUUAAAUAUUAACAGUUGAAGUUUUAUCAUAUGAAAGACACUUUAUUUUAAUGUUUAAUUUGUAUUUAUAAGACGAGCACAUUAUCUUUACAUUCUUUUUAGCAAAUAUUAUUCUACAAGGCACAUUGUAAUUUAUUAUGUAACAAUAGUUCAAUAUAUCCUUGUAACUUGUGCCCCAAUUUAGGGCUCUCGCUGCAUAAACAUAUACUUUUGUUCUAUACGAUUUUCCUUCUUAAAAUUACCAGUGAUAAUACAGUGUGUCCGGGCUUGUAGUGAUCAAACUUUAAGAGCAAAAUCUAGGGACAAUUUUAUCGAUAAAAAUACUUCAAAUUUGGGGCCUGAACCAUUUCUCGAAAAAUUACAUCGAUUUAAGUUUUUAAUUUUUAUUUUACACCUCUUCUUUAAAAAACAAGUGAAAGCGUGGGUAGCUUAACAUUAAUAUGCAAAUAUUUUAUAUCAUGCGAUAGCCAAUAAAAUUAUCUAUUAGUAGAAGAAGAAAACAGACACAAAUUUCAUACAUUUUAUGGGAGUAAGAAUGGAUUUAAUUAGAAAAAUACAUUACUUUUUUCACUUCUUUUUCAGUUAUUUUCCAACACAAGAAAAACCAGGUCGUUAAGGUAUGUUUUAUUUGCAUUGUAUUUUUAGUAUUUGAGCUAUUCUACAAAACGAAUGUAAAUUUAUUAGUCUACGUCUAUUAGUUUCGACGUAAUUGUUGAACAAAGAUACCCCUUCCCAGCGGUUUCCAUAGUAAUCGGAAUAGGUUGUGUGAUUCUUUCAGGCAGUGCAUUUUCGCAUGUCGCGUGCGCUAUGGAAACCGCUGGGAAGGGGUAUUUUUGUUCAACAAUUACGUCGAAACUAAUAGACGUAGACUAAUAAAUUUACAUUCGUUUUGUAGAAUAGCUCAAAUACUAAUAAUACAAUGCAAAUAAAACAUACCUUAACGACCUGGUUUUUCUUGUGUUGGAAAAUAACUGAAAAAGAAGUGAAAAAAGUAAUGUAUUUUUCUAAUUCAAUCCAUUCUUACUCCCAUAAAAUGUAUGAAAUUUGUGUCUGUUUUCUUCUUCUACUAAUAGAUAAUUUUAUUGGCUAUCGCAUGAUAUAAAAUUUUUGCCUAUUAAUGUUAAGCUACCCACGCUUUCACUUGUUUUUUAAAGAAGAGGUGUAAACUAAAAAUUAAAAAUUUAAAUCGAUGUAAUUUUUCGAGAAAUGGGUCAAGCCCCAAAUUUGAAGUAUUUUCAUCGAUAAAAUUGUUCAUAGAUUACGCCUUUAAAGUUUGAUCACUACAUGCCCGGACACACUGUAUAAUAUGUAGUAAGAAGUAGGUACGAUUGAGAUAGUACUAAUCCUACUAUGCUCCUUUCAAACUUUUUGUAAAAUAAUAAAACUCAAACUUCUUACGAUUUUUAAAGUUUUUAUAUCAAACUAGAGAAAAACGAGAGCCCUUUAGAAUAAAGUAAGACUAAGCUUUGCCUUUGACCCUUCUAUACAUAAUAGAGUAAGCCAUGUAAGUGAUAUGAAAUGUAUUUUUGGUAUUUAGUUGACACACGGUUUUGUAACUAUAAUGUACCUAAUAUGAUUGCAAUAUAAUUUUCGUGUAUGGUGCUCCAUUGUAAUAUAGGUUUACAUUUGUAUCCUAUUUUCAAAUAAACAAUUCCUAGACCCCGGAAAAA